AUGACGGCAAUGGCCUCCACCAUCGUGCGUCCAUCUUUGGACCCUUCCCUUCGCAAUGAACAGUCUGACAUCGUCAUACCGGAAAGGCUAGACAUUGCCGAACUGCGCAAAGCUACAAUUUCCGCGUACAGCGUCGACACCGUCCUCGACAAAUACCUAGACUACAGCCACACAGAGCAUGUCGUCCAGUCGCCCAGCGACGAUAACGAGAGUGUGCUUCUGUCCGUCUUUCGGCCAAAGAAACCGACCUCCAGCAGACUGCCGUGCUUGUACAGUGUCCACGGCGGUGGCCAGGUCACCGGCAAUCGUUUCGCCGCCCUGGACGUGCUCAUGGGUUACUUCGAUGGUCUGCAAAUGAUCGUCGUGACUGCUGAGUACCGCCUUGCACCGGAACACAAGGCCCCGGCCGGCGCAGGUGACUGCUACACAGGACUCGUCUGGGCCGUUGAGCAUGCUUCUGACCUCGGCAUCAAUCCGGACAGAGUCCUCGUGUGCGGUGUCUCUGGCGGCGGAGCCGUGGCGGCCGCCACCGUUAUGAUGGCCCGCGACAAACAGCACCCCAGGGUACACGCGCAGAUGCUGCUCACGCCGAUGCUCGAUGACUGCGGCAGCACCGUGUCUGCCAAGCAGUUUCACACGGGAGUGCCGUGGUGUGGCGUCACCAACCUAGACGCCUGGGACAUGGUGCUCGGGAAGAGGCGCGGCAGGCCGGACGUAACGCACCUGGAGGCGCCUGCGCGCGCAAUGGACCUAUCCAACUUACCAGCCGCUUUCAUUGAUGUCGGCGAGUGCGAGGUGUUCCGUGACGAAGCUGUCGCCUAUGCUUCCAAGAUGUGGGAAUGUGGCAGUACCGCCGAGCUGCAUGUGUGGCCGGGCGCAUACCACGGCUUCGACAUAGUUGCUCCCGACACUCCUCUCGCCAAAGUGGCCAUCGAGACUAAGAAGGCCUGGAUUAAGAGAAUGAUUUCAACUUGA